AUGGAAAAAUGGGCUACAAACUCUUUGAAACUCAAAGAUGUACUACAAACACAUGAAGAAUCUCACAAAACGGAAACAACUGUCUUAGGUAUUGGCUGGAAUACAACUUCUGAUACUUUGAAGCAUGCAUUCAAGACUUCCCUCUGUGUUUCUACAGACAAACCACUUACAAAGAGAUGGUUACUCCGCUGCAUUGCUAGUUUUUAUGAUCCCUUAGGCCUUUUUUCACCGUUUACUAUUCUUGGGAAAAUCUUAUUCCAAGAUACAUGGAUUCUUGGAAUCAAGUGGGAUGAAUUACUACCUGCUAAUUUAUCAACUUUAUGGUAUGCAGCUGUGAAAGAACUUGAUGACAUUUGCUCCCUUCAAAUUCCUCGAUGCAUAGGCAUUUCAUCACAUGUUCCUUUUGCUAUUCAUGUGUUUUGUGACGCAUCUGAACGUGCCUAUGGUUCAGUUCUGUACAUUGUUACCUUUAAAGGUGACCAAUCGAAUGUGAAUUUAGUGUGUAGUCGCAACAAACUAGCUCCUAUAAAGAAAGUUACCUUACCUCGUUUGGAGCUCUUGGCGCCCUGA